AUGAACUUUCCCCUUACGCCCAAGCGGGCUCUCCGGCAUUUCAUGUCCCUUACUACUGCCAGCCGUGUGAAGAAUGUUGCUAAACGAGAUAUCAAGGGCGAUUACGCUGUCACAUCUCCUCCGCGUCGACGAAUUACUACGCGCCCUUCGGCUUUUCCUCAAUCCCCAGACGUUAGCAACAUCGAUGUUUCGUGCGAUCCCACGGCGGAAUAUGCAAUUGUCGUUUCAAUGUAUGAAGUCCAUAACGACCGCAUCUACGAUCUUCUCACACCAGCAACCAAAUCUGGCGCUACUAAAGAGAUGCGACGCCGACCUUUGCUUUUCAAAUCGACAGAACUAUCACCAGACCGAAAAGUCGUAGCAGGCUUGCGAAAGGUCAUCUGCACCACCGAUACCGAAGCCCUCACAGUCAUCGAAACCGGUCUGCAAGAGCGCCGAGUUACUGGUACCGGCAGCAACAGCGUUUCAAGUCGAAGUCAUGGAUUCUUUGUCUUUGAGGUCAAGAAGCGAACUCGGGGCAGAAGGCCUGGACCCUGGGAGGGAAACAAGUUUACGAUUGUCGAUCUAGCUGGUAGCGAGCGAGCGCGUGAAGCCAAGACAGCAGGCGCCACGCUUGCAGAGGCCGGAAAGAUCAACGAGAGUUUGAUGUACUUGGGUCAAUGUCUCCAAACACAGAGCGAGGCCGCAAGCUCGAGCAAGCCCAACGUUGCUCCUUUCAGACAGUGCAAGCUCACUGAACUUCUCUUUUCCAACUCUUUCCCGUCAUCCUCAAACACACAUCCACAAGCCCCUCGCCGCAACCCUCAAAGAGGAGUGAUGAUUGUCACUGCCGAUCCACGGGGAGACUUUAAUGCAACGUCUCAAAUCUUACGCUAUAGCGCCCUCGCUCGUGAAGUCACAGUACCCCGAGUUCCUUCUAUCACAGCGACAAUUCUUGCGCAACCUCCUCCGACGCCUUCCUACCGCUCCACAAGCCCAACACACCAGCAUUCAAGACCGCUCGUUUCUCCAGGACCAGGAUCAUUUAGGGGAUACACUCCUCAGAUGAGCGCCGAUGACCGUGCGACUAUGGAGAUGGCAGCGCUUGAGAUCGCCCGACUUAGUGACGAGGCCGACCAAUUGCGUGAUGAAGCCGAUCGACAGUCGGAAGCACGAUUUGCUGCUGAGGCACAUCUUCUUACCAUGGAAGACCGCAUGCUUGAUCUUGAGGCGGCCAUUCGUGAAGAGUGCGCCAUUGAGUUCGAGGAGCGCCUGGCUUUGGAAAUGGCCCGGUGGAAGAACUCAAUGGCUAUCGAGCAAGAGCGCAGCGAGGAGCACUGGGACCGCAAAGUUGAGGUUCUCGAACGUGGUCUUGCCUCUGACGAGGACGGGGAUAAGGAGAACGUUCUGAUCGAAGAUCUCGAGGAGGAAGUCGACAGACUGCGCCGUGAGAACGGCAUCCUCAAGCGCGAAAUCGCCUCUCGUAGUCCCACCAAGCGCAGACCCCUAGAGGAGCGCGAAGACUUUGGCCCUGCCCCCGUAAAGGCAUCCAAGGGCGACAGCGUAUCAAACCUGGGUCGCAAGCUGGAGCGCAUGCGCGUUGGGAACGACAAGCCAAAGCCAGUACCUGUCAACGGCAGCGGCAGCCCAAAGAAGAUGCGCAGAUUGGGUGCGAAGAAAUGGGAGCAUGAAGAUGAGCUGGAGUAG